UUUACUUCUUCUCUGGUUAGUUUUUUAUUUCUUCCCACUGACUUUGGUGGUCAUAGUGUGCUAUGUGCUCUUCGGACUGCGAGUGAUGUCAACAGGUGUUUUGGCGUCGUUCUGGAAUUUUGCGAGUUUUCGGUUGUAUUUCGGUGUAAUUUAUCGAUUAGUGUCGUGAUUUGGUUUGAAAUUAGCAGUGAUCGGUGUUAUUCGGUGACGGGAAGAGGAAUUACAACUGCUGAUAGUGGAAAAGCGUCGAUUUUAUGCCGGGCUUCCGAAGUUUGGAUCUUUAUUUGAACUGAAGACAGCUGAUGCAGCACCCUACAAGAUGCCGCUGAACGACUUACAACCACUAGCGUACACCACGCUAAACAAUUUCACGAUGCUGAACCAAAGUCAGAGCGCUAUACCGAAUCCAAUACAGGAGCAGCAGUUCUGUCUACGGUGGAACAACUACCACUCCAACUUGUCGAAUGUGUUUGAUCAGCUGUUCCAAGCUGAAUCGUUCGUUGACGUAACCCUCAUCAGUGAAGGUCGUCCAAUCAAAGCCCACAAAAUGGUCCUAGCGGCCAGUAGUCCCUACUUUCAAACGAUUUUCCAGGAAACACCCUGCAAACAUCCGGUCGUUAUCAUCAAAGACGUCAAAUGGGACGAACUCAAAGCAUUGGUUGAGUUCAUGUAUCGCGGUGAGAUCAACGUUGCACAAGAGCAACUUCGACCCCUGCUAAACCUGGCACAAAUGUUUCAAAUUCGAGGUUUGACCGAUGUUUCGCACGAAGACGUUGAACCAGAACCACCUGUUCCGGUUCGGGAAACUGUGAACACCAACGUAGAACAGUUCACCGUCUACACAGCGUCCCUAGUGGAUAAUCUUCAACAAAGCUUCAACCAACCUACCCCAACCGCCGAUAUCGGCCCGAGAAGAACCUCCAAAGACAAGGAAGUUCCCCGAAAACAAUCCCUGGAAACGAUGGAGGUACCCAUUGUGUGGCCCAAGGAAGAACCUCACGAGAUCCCAGCUGUCGUAGAAUCGGUAGCGAAGAACCCCCGCAAGCGCAAGUCCACGUCCAAUGACAACACCGAAGUCAAUUUUCUUACCCUCCAACAACCUGAGCAGUCGGCAUACAUUCCAACUACGAUCAGCCAACCCAUCGCUGUAGUUGCCGCCCCUACCACCAUCGCAUCACCCCCACCACCAUUGAUACUACAGAACGCUUUCCAAACGGAAGAAACGGAGACGAAGAUGACCUUCCUGGAGGCCACCAAUGAAGCAGAAGAUGUAUCAUUCAAUACCUCUCAGGAUCCUAAUGCUACAAAUGAAUCCCGUUCAAAAUCAUCGAAAGCACCCGCCUGGAACUGGAACCAACUGCAGGAAGCCAUCACUGCCGUCGUAACGCAACGGUUGCGUUUCACCCAAGCCAGCGCCCAGUACAACAUCCCCAAAGGCACACUGUACGACAACAUUCUCGGCAAGGCGCACCGAAUGGCCGUGCUCCAGGAGCUUGAGCUGACUCCCGAGGAGGAAGCCGCCGUUCUGAACUUCUGCUGCGACACAGCUACCUCACCGUACAACAAACGAACCAAGCGAUCGCUCAGCAGCAUCCUCGAGUUCAUCAGUCACUUCCAGACCUUCCGGGAGAAGGGAGACCGAUUCAAGUUCGGCGGCAAACCCGGCUUCCGGUGGUGGUGGGCGUUCUGCCGGAAACACUCGAUCGUUUCGCUUUACUACGAAGGGCUGAAGCUGAGCGACGAUCAGGAUUCGGCGAUUUCCAGCAAGAAAGGUCGCAAGAGUGCAGAGUUCGAUGCCAUGAAUGCGGUUUGAAUGUUGUGGAUCGAUAUUAAGAUGCGUGUGCCUUUCAGCAAUUAAUUUGUGAUUUUAACAUUCUCGUUAAUUUUGUACAAUUGUGACAUGAAACUCAACUAGGUAAGGCUAUGUAAUUAGAUGACAAAAACUGA